AUUUCCAUGAGAAGAUACACGGAGUAGUUAUUAACGAUACAUAUAAACUGACAGCAGUUAGUCUGAGCCAGGGUUCAGACGCACAUGUACAGCGAUUGCAAGGAAGGAUUGAAAAUGAAGAUUGUGGCUAUUCUUCUUGUGUUUUUAUCUUAUCGGGCAUGUGAUGCAGCACCAGCUGAUAACGAUGGCAAGACUAUCGACGAAAUCAUCAUGGAGUCAGCUGUUUCACAUGAAAUGUUUGAUCUGAUUCACGACAUGGGCGACGGGGAGAUGAUGGUGAUGGUGGAGUUGGAUAUUCUCCUAACACUGAAGGAACUGGCAAAAUACGGGAAUAAAAGAUCCCGAGUCAGGAGGAAAGCUACCUCCAGUGACCGACAGCUCUGGGAAAACUGUAACGUCUACUAUGACAUCGAAGAUGCUGAUUUCUCUGACGCGGACCGUGCGGUAAUAGCUGAAGCUCUAGCGGAAUGGGAGAACUAUACUUGUCUUAAGUUCAAGAGAAGCAGUACACAACCUAGUCGUAUUCGUGUCCGCAACGGCGGGGGAUGCUACUCCAGGCUAGGGAGAACGGGAGGAAUUCAAGACCUGGCCUUGGCACCCAACUGUCGUAGGAAAGGUAUAGUCGUGCACGAAUUCGGCCAUGCGAUUGGAUGGUUCCACGAGCAGGCGAGACCCGACAGGGAUGAUUUCGUUACCAUCAAUUUCGACCAAAUCCCCGUCAACUGGAGGUCACAGUUUGGAAAAGUGGCACAGGCGCUCGUCAACGACCGCGGUGUCGAGUAUGAUUACGACAGCAUCAUGCACUACUCUGGAAACACUUUCGGACCCGGCACCAUUGUAACGCGUAACCCCGAAGAUCAAAGCCGACUAGGGCAGCGGGUUGGUUUGAGUUUCCGCGACAUCAAGCUGGCGAAUCUCAUGUACAACUGUUCAGGCAUAAUGGGCUGCGGAAGAAAGACUUGUCCUGGCGAGGGGUUCCAGGGCAAGGACUGCAAGUGUUAUUGUCCAGGGCCGGUCAGGACGAGUCCUGUUGUCCCAUGUGGGAAUUCACCGAUAGCUACCACCAGGCCAACAACUCCAACAACACCAACAACAACGUCCGCAACAUCCACAACAGAAGGUGUUCCACCAGGGCCUGACUGCAUGGAUGUGCGUAGCGGAUGCGCUGAACACAAGGCCAACGGUUUGUGUAAGAACGACACGGCUAGAAUGAGCGUCUUCUGCAGGAAAACGUGUGACCUCUGCAGUACAACCCCCUCGGGAUCGUGUAUGGAUUACGACGAAGGCUGUCCUCUGUUCGCCGCCAAUGGCUACUGUGAGAGGGACGGACUUGGUGUUUUCUUCAGAGAUGAAUGUCCCCUGUCGUGUAAAGUCUGCACGCCAGUUGACGAAUGCGCAGCAUUCCUGAGCCAGAGUUCCUCUCCCGGUCACAUGUCAUCUUUCCUAGCAACGGUUGUUAUGGUGACUGUUGCUAUAUGGGGCUUCCGCUGAAGCUGGUUACAACAGGCAUAAAUAGAGAGAAAAAAUCACGGCCAGGUGCCUUUUUCAAUAUUGUGUUCAUAGAUUGUGUUUAUCGCCAUAUGUGAAAUUUAAUCGCUUUUUCUAUGUCAUUUACUUGCUUACACUAGAUAGACAACGGAGACUGAGUGAGUGUGUGAGUGGUUAUGUUUAAACAUUUUACGCCGCUCUUGGCAAUAUUCCAGCGAUAUCACGUUGGAGAUACACAGUGUACCCAUGUACGGCGUGACGAGCGAACGCUUUAACCACGAGGCUGCCCGACCGCCAAGUAUGCUUCUAAGUGAUCCAACUUGUAGAUGAUGUGCAUCUUGCAGGAAUCUGUAGCUUAAUAAGCCAAAAGUAGAUUCAACCUAAUCUUUGAUUUUUCUUUGGCACAUAACCAGGAACCGUUCAGUCAACUCAGGUCAACAAAUAAGGUGGCCGAAGUGCAGAUAUAUUCACAUAUUAUAAAAGCGUAAAGACAGUUCAAGUCAAAACCAUUUCUCAUUGAACAUGCCUCAUCAACACUCAUUCAGACAACACGUAGAUAAUUUAUUUGACGUGAUGCGUGAAUGCGUUUGUAGCAGACACGAACCCAAGUUAAAGAAUCCUGAAACAUUAAACGAUCACUUCACUGAGGGUAUUAUAUUUAGUAAAUGUUGGUAUAAUGAUGAACACGUGAACAGCUCAAUUCCAAGUUGUAAUCUUGGUAACCUUUUCCUGAUCAUACGGUGCUAAAACGUGUUUUGGGUGUUCCUGUUUUUGUGUUCCCAUAUUCAAAAUGUGUAAUCAUAUGUCUUGAACUGGUCGUCACCUCACAUGGAGUGAGUGUGUGGGUAUGGUUUUACGCCGCUUUACGCAAUAUUCCAGCAAUAUCACGGCGAGGGAAACCAGAAAUGGGCUUCACAUAUUGUACCCAUAUCGGGAAUCGAACCCGGGUCUACGGCCUGACGAGCGAACGCUUUAACCACUAGGCUACCCGACCGCCCUACCUCACAUUGAAGACAUGGUCUAUAUUGGAGCCGUUUUAGAAAUAAAAAUAACAUGCUUAGUCGUCUUUCUUUCAUAGCAUGUUUCAUUUAACCUCAAAUUGAAAUGU